GGCCCGCGUCCCCGCCAGUUAUUAUAGCGGCCGCGGGCGGCGACUGUUGCUUCGGGGUCGGCGCGGAGGGCGACAUGGCGGCUGUGCUGCUCGCGCUGCUGGGCUUCGCGCUGCUGGGCGUCCAGGGCGCCGCCGGGGCUGCUGGCUUUGUAAGGUCGCCCCUGUCGCAGGAGAGGUGGGCAGGGGGCAGCGUGGAGCUGCACUGUGAGGCUGUGGGCAGGCCUGUCCCCGAGAUCCAGUGGUGGUUUGAAGGGAGUGGUCCCAACGACACCUGCUCCCAGCUCUGGGACGGCGCCCGGCUGGACCGCGUCCACAUCCACGCCACCUACCGCCAGCACGCGGCCAGCACCAUCUCCAUCCACAAGCUCACUGCAGAGGACGCAGGCACCUACGAGUGCCGGGCCAGCAACGACCCGGACCGUAACCACCUGACCCGGGCACCUAGGGUCAAGUGGGUCCGAGCCCAGGCGAUCGUGCUAGUCCUGGAACCCGGUGCAGUGACUACUUCUGUGGAUGAGGCGGAUUCCAAGACUGUCCUCAGCUGCUUCCUAAACCACAGCGCCACAGAGAUUGCUGGCCACCGCUGGGUGAAGGCGGGCAAGGUGCUGAAGGAGGACUCGCAGCCCAGCCUGAUGACCCAGUUUGAGGUGGACCCGGAUGACUACUCAGGAGAAUACUCGUGCAUCUUCCUCCCCGAGCCAACGGGCAGGGCCAACAUCCCGCUGAUCGGGCACCCCAAGGUUAAGGCCGUGAAGAAGUCGGAGCAUGCCACCGAGGGGGAGUCGGUCACGCUGGCCUGCAAGUCCGAUUCCUUCCCCUCCAUCACAGAAUGGAGCUGGUUCAAGACAGCCGAAUCCGGAGACCAGGUCAUUGUGAACGGCUCCCAGAGCAAGUUCUUUGUGAGCUCCUCUGGGGCCAAGUCAGAGCUGCGCAUCGACAACCUGGACAUGAGCUCCGACCCUGGCAAGUACGUGUGCAACGGCAGCAGCACACAGGGCUCCGACCAGGCCGAGAUCACGCUGCGCGUCCGCAGCCGCUUCGCCGCGCUCUGGCCCUUCCUGGGCAUCGUGGCUGAGGUGCUGGUGCUGGUCACCAUCAUCUUCAUCUAUGAGAAACGCCGGAAGCCUGACGAUGUUGCAGACGACGACGAUGCGGGUUCCGCACCCCUGAAGGGCAGCUCGCAGCACAUGAACGACAAGGAUAAGAACAUCCGCCAGAGGAACUCCACCUGAGCCAGGUGGACUUGGGCUGAGCUCCCCGCCAUCAUCUGUCUGCGGCAUCACCUCCUGCCAGCAUCCAUUCCCAGCGUUUGCAAAGUUCUAAAUUCUCUCACCCCUUAAAGAAAAUCCACCCCAAGAGCAAACCAAUUGUAGAUUCAAAUCAUAUAUUUUUCUUUCUUUCUUUCUUUUUUUUUAAACUAAACUAGGGUUUUCUAUGUAUAGAAUUCUGUUCCUUAGGGUUUUUUUUUCCUUUUUAAAUGUUUCACGAGAGCCCCAGGGAGUUGCUGUGGUCCUCGAGGCCUUCGAGCCAUCCCUGUGGCUUUUAGCCACCGGGUCUGAGUCACGGUGGGGGCAGGGGCAGCCCUCUCCGCUGGCCCAAGUCAGUGCCAAGUCCCUGCCCUUUGCGGAAGGUCACAGGUCAUGCGAGGUGUCCAGCAUCCUGCCUGUCUGAAGCCAAUGCUGUCUAGUCGUGCCCUGCCUUUUGUUUUAUUUUUAUUUUCUGAAGGCCACAGGCCUGGUGGCUCUGACCUCUUGGCUGCAGAGGAUGCACCCACCCGCACUCAGGGUGACCCCUUCACAGCUCCCAAGUGACACCCAGGUCCCCUUCCAUGGCUGUGCAUCCGGUGGCGGGGCUGUCGGGGCAACUCUCGGGGUUUGCCGGGGAACUGGUGCUGCAGCCAGGGCUCCACAACUGCAGGAACCUCCUCCCAGCUUGGCCCACAGAGGACAGCUCUCUCUUCACUGUGUCAGGGCUCAUGUGGGAACCCCCUUCUCCUGCCGACCCCUCACCAAUAAAUACUGACCCUACCUUGUC